CCAAGUCGCCAUGGCCGACCCCAGCCACAUCCAGUCGGCCGCCUCCAAGAGCAUCCGUCCCUUCCGCUCCAGCGAGGAGUACCUGGAGGCCAUGAAGGAGGACCUGGCCGAGUGGUUCAACACCCUCUACGACCUGGACAUCCAGGUGGACACCUUCCUGGAGAGCUUGGAGACGGGCUGUCACCUCUGCCGUCACGCCAACAACGUCAACCGCAUCGCCCUGGACUUCCAGCAGCAACACCCCGAGGUGGCCGCCCGUAUGCGCGUCCCUCAAAAUGAGGUCGUUUUCCAAGCCAAGAACGUGGUGCCCGGGUCCUUCAUCGCCCGGGAUAACGUCUCCAACUUCAUCCAGUGGUGCCGACAGGACCUGGGCAUCCAGGACGUCCUCAUGUUCGAGACCAAUGACUUGGUGCUGAAGAAGAACGAGAAGAACUUUGUCCUCUGUUUGUUGGAGGUGGCCAGGAGGGGCUCCAAGUUUGGCAUGCUGGCCCCUAUGCUGAUCCAGAUGGAGGAGGAGAUUGAGGAGGAGAUGAGGGACCAAAUGGGCUACGGCGUGCUGGGCACGCGCCAGGAGAGCCGGGACCUCCAGGUGGCCACCUACCCCGGCAGGGCCCGGCCCAUCACCCUCUGUGACCUGAAGAACCUGGAUGAGCUGGUGAGACACGCUCCCCUGGGAGCCUUGUGCUUGGGUCCUCUCUGUCCACCCAACCGGGUGCUCUAUGGCCCUUGGGAGGGUCUGUCCACUCAAUGGGGCACUCUAUGGCCCACAGGAGGUCCUGUCUGUCCACCCAAUGGGGUGUUCUAUGGGCCAUGGGAGGCCGACUCGGCUUAUUGCUCCUCCAGCUCUUCCUCUUCCUCCCUCAGCGUCUUCGCCAAGCAGGACGGCCGGCGGAGCGGGAAUAACGGGAAUAAUAAUGGCCCCCCCCCGCCGGCCACCCCCGAAUGUGGGGGGGAUGUGGGGCGCCGGCCGGUCCUCUCCAGCUCCUCCGACGAAAGCUGCUGCUUCCCGGCUUCCUGGGAAAACCGGGAGCCCCGGGGGGGCCCCGAAUCCGACACCGACUGGGCGCCGGGGGAGGACGAGCUGGGGGAGGCGACGGAGCCCCCCCUUGCCGUGGGGGUCCCCAAAGCCGUGCCUUCCCUCCCCGCGCUGUCCCCCCGCCUCCGGGCCAAACCCCGGCUGGACACCCAGCCCCACAAGAAGCCCUCCAGGAUCCCCACCCCACGGGGCUGUGGGGCGGCCACCCCCCGCCCCAAAGCUGGGGAGCACAAGCCCUGGGGGGCUCUGCAGAGCGUCUUCCCCUCCUUCCUGGAGCCCAGCAGGAUCCCGCGGGAGCACGACGGGCUGGAUGAGGACGCGUGGCCAUGAGGCGCCCAGUUUGGUGGCCAUGGGUGGCAGCAGGAGGGGGAGAAGCCCCCCCAGCACCCUACCCCACCACCCCCGCGGACAUCAUGGAGCUGCUGCUGGUGAUGGUACCUGCAUGGAGAAGCCCUGAGCAGGUGAUGGCCGUGGACGCGGGGUGGCCAGGGAGCUGGGACUCCUUCGCUCGGUGACUGUUGGCCACUGGGGUUGGGACCUGCCCCCCAGCUGGGCCAAAGGGACCUGGACCCGUCCCAGUCCCAUGGGGAGCAGCUCUAUGGGGGGUGGCCGUGGGAUGACCAUGGUGGUGGCCCUGGGAACAGGGGCUGGAGAGCAAGUGGCUCAGCUCUUCUCAUCUGUCUCGUCUUCUUUCCUCCUUCCUCUCAUCAUCCUCUUUUCUUGGCCUUCUCCUUCUCUUGUCAUCUUCUCCUCUUCGUGGCCUUCUCUUUGUCCUCCUCCUUUUGUCUUCUGUGUCCUCUUGGACUUCUUCUCUUGUUGCCUUCCCCUCUUGGCCUUCUCCUUCUUCUUUAUCUUUCCACAUCCGAGAUGACUUGGGGACACACAGCUUGUUGUCACUAUCUGCAUUUUUUUGGGGGGGGCGCUUGUUCCUGUCCAGCACCCAACAGACCCCCAACAGGC